AUGUCCCGCCGGCCGCCCCAGCCCUUCCGAUGGAGCUCGGUCGACUCUCUCCUCAAAGCCCGGCAAGCCCACGCCCAAAUCGUCGUCCUCGACCAGAACCACCGCCAUCCCCAGAACCUCCUCCUCUCCAAGCUCGUCGACCUCCGCUGCCCCCUUGAUUACUCCUCCGCCGUCUUCCGCCGCAUCGUUCUCCCCGACGACUUCUCCUACAGCUCCAUGAUCAGAGCCCUCGUCAUCGCCGGCGAGCCCAGAAAAUCUGUAUCCCUGUACAUGGAGCUCCUCCUCCUUGGCGGCGGCGGCGGCGCUGCCGCACCGAAGCCGAGCCACCUCGCGUACCCAUUCGUCCUCAAAGCCGCGUCCGCCCUCUCCAUGGUGGAGCUCGGCCGGCAGGUGCACGCCCAAAUCUGCAAGCUGGGAUUCCACGGGGACCUCUUCGUGGGGAACUCGCUGAUAGACAUGUAUUGCAAGUGCUCUCUCAUGGAGGACGCACGGAAGAUGUUCGAUGGAAUGCCCAACAGAGACCAAGUUUCCUGGAACUCCAUCAUCUCCGGGUACGCCUCCUGCGGCAGGACCAGCUGCUCGCUCCAGCUGUUUGACGAAAUGCCUGCAAGUGGGAACGUGGUAUGCUGGACCGCCAUAGCCAACGGGCUCGGCAGGGAAGGGAGGAUCUCCGAUAUGCUGGUAUUCUUCCGGCGGAUGCUCCUCUCUGGCGACGGCGCCGCCCCAAACGCCGCCACGAUGGUCUCCCUCCUCGCCGCCUGCUCCUCCUCCUGCAACUGGCCUGCCGGCCGAUGGGUCUCCUCCUUCAUCGACGUCAACGCGGUCCCUGUGAACGUCAUGGUGACGACCGCCCUCGUUGACAUGCACUGCCGCUGCGGGGCGUUGACAGAGGCAAGGCGGCGGUUCGAUGAAGCUCCCCAGAAGAACUUGGCGACGUGGAACGCGAUGAUGACCGGCUACGUACGUGGCGGCCGCCCCGAAUCCGCCGUCAAUCUCUUCUCCCACAUGACGGCCACUUCCCUGGCACCGAACCAGAUCACGCUUGUCAACCUGUUAUCGGCCUUCGCCAGCAUGGGGGCUCUGGAGCGGGGGAAAGAAGCCCACGUUGAGCUUGCGAGGAGCGGGGCAGAUGUCAACGUCUUCCUGUCGACGGCACUGGUCGACAUGUACGCCAAGUGUGGAGAGAUCGCCCUCGCUUGCCUGGUCUUCGUCAAGGCGCCCCGCAAGGACCUGGGCCUGUGGAACGCAAUGGUGACGGGGCUGGCGGCUCACGGGCUGGCGGCGGAGGCGUUGACCGUGUUCUCCCAGAUGAGCUCCGCGGGCGCCGCCCCCAACGAGGUGACCUUCGUCGGCAUCCUCUCGGCGUGCAGCCAUGCAGGUCUGGUGGACCCUGGGAGGGAGAACUUCCGGAAGAUGAGGAAAGUCUACGGCUUGAAACCGGAUCUUGAGCAUUACGCCUGCAUGGUUGACCUUCUCGGCAGAGCCGGGCACGUGGAGGAGGCGCUGGCUAUGGUGGAGGACAUGGAGAUGGAGCCCGACUUCGUCAUCUGGGGCUCUCUACUCAACGCCUGCAGGAUCCACCAUGAGAUCGAGCUGGCAGAGAAGAUCAGCAAGGCGGUGGUGUUUUCCUCCUCCAAGGUGGCCAAUCUGGGCUGCUCUGUGCUUCUGUCGAAUAUCUUUGCGAGCGCAGGGAUGUGGGCGGAGGUGGCGAGGGUGAGGCGGCUGAUGAAGGAAACCGGAGAGAGGAAGGUCUCCGGGUGCAGCUGGAUGGAAGCGGAGGGCGCCAUGCACAGGUUUAUUGUGGAGGAUACAGCCCAUGAUGCAUCUUCAGAGCUGUAUGUGACGCUCAACACCAGUUUGGUUGAUGGACGCGGUGAGCAUGGAGGAAAGAUUUAA